CGACCUGCUGGAUACCCAAAAGCGGAUGUAUCGUUCCAGUAUGUGAUACGAGUCCUCCAGCUGUGCAUAGCCACGUCGAAUUAUUUAUACGCGAUUUCAUCUGCUCCCGACCGGAAACCCCUUUGGUCUCCGGUUACGAGGUCUUUACUUUCCCAGCAUUUUGUCUUUGUACCUGAUGAUACACGUCGAAAGUGGGCCAACCAAGCCUCGGAAUCUUUCAUCACCUCAGAGACACUGCCACUUGCUACACAAUGUCGUCAACAACCACGACGACUGAAGCCCGCCAGGCUGAACUGGUACUCAGCCAAAAUCCUCGAGACGCUCUCUUUGCAUCGCUCAAGGGUAAAAAGGCACGAAUCCCGAAUCUGAGGCCGGUACUGGCCGGCUGGAGAGGAAGCGACGAGUGUUACGUGAGCCCGUUCAUCGAUGCUCUCCGGAUCAAGGUAGACAAACGGUUACAAAGCUUGAACGUCAGCACUAAGAAGCUGCGAGGCCUCCAAGCCACAGACUUUGGCCUCUUCGCAGCGCUCUGGUGGCCUGAAGCCAGCCUAGACAAACUUGAGAUCCUCGCAUAUCUUUCCAUCUGGCUUUUCACGUGGGACGACGAGAUCGACGAGGCUGAGGGCCUAUACACCGACGAUUUCGUCGCCGCUCAGAGAUUCCGUGCCGACACCCUGCGAUUCGUCCGGCAAUGUCUUGGCUUGGUGGAUGCACAGGAAGAGGGUGAUGUACGCGCCCCACGGAACCAGAACAUCCAGAGCUUCGACGUGAUUGGAUACGUGAUACGUGAUGCAUAUGACCUCACUCAGAAGACGCGCUUCUAUGACGAGAUAGCAAAGUUCAUCCACUCGACCGAGGUCGAGCAGCGUAACAGACUCCAGGGGGUCGUCCCGACUCUGAUCGAGUACUGGGCCUGCCGGCUGGGAACGAGUGCAGUUUACAUCACAUGCGCUGCUGGCGAAUAUGCCAGUGCUACGUCGAGGGCCACUUGCCGCCAGCUGCCGCCAUACCUGAUGAACAGCGCCCCGCGACGGAGUCUAUGGGACGAGACAAAUGUGACCAUCUCCAUUGUCAACGAUCUCUGUUCUCUGAAGAAGGAGAUGAAAGCGGGCGGCAUUGACAAUGUGGUACCGCUGGCUUUUGUGUGCACUGGAGAUGUGCAAGCGGCCAUCGACAUGUCGAUGCACUCGCUGAGGACGUCAAGAGAGCGUUUCGAUGGCGCUGCGCGCCAGCUUCUGGCUCUCGCCGACAAUGAAGGCGACGAUGUCAGGCGGCAGGUCCAAGAUCAUAUCGAGGUGCUGCGAAGCAAUUGUGUGGGCAAUCUCGUUUGGAGCCUUCAGACUGGAAGAUAUGGACUUGCAGAGUCCCGCCAGGCAGAUGGCAGCCAGCAAUUCCUGUUGUAGCCGUUGGAAGGAUGUCGAGUCGCUAUGCACGUAGCCGGCCAAUCUCAUUCCAAUUUGUACAUGAUCGCCAUCUAUCGUGUUCCCCCGAUCGUGAAGAUGCCUACGUGCCUUGGGGCGUGGUGUCUCACCCCCCACGGUUUGCGAGGUGUGAUUUGCAUUUGGACGGUGGGGACAGUUCAAAAGGGUUAAUGCUUCAUCGUGGCC